AUGCCUUCUCUUUCCUCUGUCCUGGCCUGUGCCUCUCUGGCCAGGGCCGUCGUUGUCCCCUCUCCAGACACCUUCCACGAGUUCACCCUCAACGCCAGAUACAUCCCUGCUGCCAAGAUUGGCUCACUUGCGGCCCGCGGUGGGCAACCUCUGGGUCUUCACACCACACCUGAGACGACAGGUAGUACUCUUGAUGCCAAGUCGACUCGCUGGAACCAUACCGCCAGCAGCAGCGCCAAACUCGUCGACGGCGCCACCUGGAAGGACCACUACGUCGACGGAGCCGGCUCCGGUGCUAGCGGUACCGUCUACACGGACGCCGUCUCUGUCGGCGGCGUCUCCAUGACCAGUCAGGCCGUUCAGCCUGCGACUGAAGCUUCCAAUCCCGGUGCCGCAGGCUACUUUCAGUUUCCUGUUUCCGGCAUCAUUGGCUUUGCCUUUGACAAGCGCAACAUUGUCAAGCCUACCAAGCAAAAGACCUUCUUCUCCAACAUUAAGAGCAACCUGAAGAAGCCAGUCUUCACCGCCGACCUCAAGCACGCAGCUGGUGACGGCACCUUUGGCUUCGGCUUUAUCGAUACCGCUCUUUACACCGGUGACAUCACCUACACCAACGUCGACUCGGUCACCGGCUCGUGGACCAUGAACUCGACUGGGUACGCCAUUGGCACUGGCGACUUUGUCAAGACCACCGUCACUGGAUUCGUCAACACUGGCUCCAACGUUCUCACCCUCCCUAUGGACGUCUACAAGGCCUACACCAAGGCCAUCACCGGCUCCACCACAGAUUGCACCACCAAGUUUCCCGACUUUUAUUUUGGUCUUGGCAGCGCCAAGAUCAAGAUUGCUGGUGAGCACUUGCGCGACAAGCAAGGCACGUUUUGCAGACUCAAGGUUCUUGACGGCGGCGCGAAAGCCAUCUUUGGCUCUCCCGCCAUGUUUAGCUCCCUUGUCAUCUUCGAGGACGAUGGUAAGCAGCCUCGCAUUGGCUGGGCUACGUCCAAGUAA